AUGAGCACAGGCACUAUCAUCGGUAUUGGUAUUGGCUGUUUAGUCGGUAUUGCCUUUGUUGUAAUUGUCAUUGGAUUCCUCAUUCGCCGCUGGCGUCGCCACAGAGAGGACAAGGAUGUAUUUGAUGCAUCCCAGUUCCGUAGCUCGGCUGUACUCCUGGAUGACGAUAUCUCAAUGUCAGGGGAUUCCGGCCGUGGUGGCUCAGGAUGGAACAGUCAUCUGAGGCCUCCAACCAUGAUUGAGCGUCACGUCAAUAACAGCCCCGCUUCGUUCACUCAGCCUCAGUAUGGAUAUGGUCCGCAGCAGCCGACUUCGCCCACCUCUUUCUCUCCAGGUCAGAUCGUGGGACCUGGGCCUUUCAAUGAAAUGGACAUUCCCUCCGGUGGCUUCGAUAACGAUCCUUUCGCGGCGGCUGCGUAUAGCAGGGAUCCAUCUGUGAUCAGCCACGAUGCCUACUUGACCAGGCAACCUUCUCAGAUGGCCAACGAGGUGCAGCUCAAUAGGGAGCCCUCCCAGGUAUAUCACGCUGAUCCAUUCCAGCAGCAGCAGGAAGCGCAGUACGUAGACUUGAACAGGGUUCCGUCUGUUGGAAGCGCCGAUGCCGUUGGUGUUGCUGUCACCACACCCACUCAGGAGGUUUCUCAUGAUUCCUCCAUGACACAAUCUGCUGUCGUGUCUUCCAUCCCUUCGUCAGGAGAUGCGAAGCCCACUGUUACGUCUCCUCUCACCUCCCAGGCUGCUUCGGCUCCCGCGCAGUCCAAUCCUAUUGCCAAUGACCCUGCCGUAGCCUCCCGGAACCCCGCCCCUGUAGGUUCCAAGAGGCCCGACACCGUCUACACGGUGUAUGACCCCGAGGAUGCGUACGGCGGCAUGUAA